AUGUGCAUUUGUUAUAAAUAUUAUGAUGGUGAUAACUGUAAAAUACGUAACAAAGUUGUUUUAGUGAAAGAUUUAGUGUCAGUGAUGUCAACACUGAAUGAAGUGCCUAAAAUUGGUAACAUUUUUGAUCUUAAGCGUUGCCAAGAAUUGAAACCAAAGGAUUGCUCGGGAUUAGAUAAAACAGUGUAUAAGAGUGGUGUUGAUACAAUUUUCCCGGACAGUGGUUCUAGCUUUCAAGUUUAUUGUGACAUGGAGACUGAUGGCGGUUAUUGGACUGUUAUUCAGCGUAGGCUGAAUGGAAAAACAGAUUUCUAUCGUGGUUGGAAGGAAUAUGAAAAUGGUUUUGGUGACAUGAACGCGGAAUAUUGGUUAGGUAAUGAAAAAAUAAAUCGUCUGACGUCAAGUGGAAAAUAUCAACUAAGUAUAAAUUUAGAAGACUUCAGUGGAAACCAUGCAUAUGCUAAAUACAAAAACUUUUUAGUUGGUGAUGCUUCAAGCAAAUACAAAUUGACCGUCAGCGGUUACAGCGGGAAUGCAGGUGACAGUCUGAGGUAUCAUAAUGGUAGGACAUUCAGUACAAAGGAUGACAAUAGAGGAAACUGCGCAGUAACAUAUAAGGGAAGUUGGUGGUAUGGAAGCUGUUAUGAAUCUAGCCUAAAUGGUCAAUAUAAAGGAACAAAAGCAGCAGGAAUUUCGUGGUAUCACUGGAAGGCAACAUAUGACAGUAUUAAAACAUCAACCAUGAUGAUACGCAUGGGCAAUGUGUAAAAGUAUCUCUCAUUUUACCCAGGUAAUUUUUGAGUUUUUUAUUUUAUUAGUGACAAUAUUAAAGUUUAUGUUAUCGCCUCUAUAUCUAGCAUCACUUUUUGUAAACCAGGUAGCAAAAAUAAUAAAACGUUUUAAAACUGACAAUAAUUUCUAAAUUUGAAUUGAUUUUUUAAUGAGUGUAUCCACCAUUUGUGGUUAAAAUGCUUUUAGGUUGCCUCGAUAAAAUUAAUAUUUGUCCAUUUGAAAGUCAGCGUUUGAAGCUAGUUUAUUUUAUAUUUGCUACUGCGACUUGGUCUUGAAUAUAUACCAGGAAUAAACAAUAAAUGUUU